AUGAACUGUGUUUAUAGCUCAGGGCGGCCGGUGACGGCGCAGAGCAACGAGACGCCGCUGGUCGCAAAAGAGAUGCUCCGCCGUGAGUACGACACUCGUAAGAAGCGAGACAAGAAAGAAACCGCUUUAAGGCUCAUGCUCAGCGCAAUGUACCUUGACGCUGUCAAGGUGAACGAGGACACCGUGGAGAAGAAGAAAAACGAGAUCGCAACCAACUUUCUACAAAAGGAUAGGCCAAUGCAAGUUUUCAAGGCAAGAGCUUUGGAUGUGGACGGCACGGACACAAAAAAAAUAUCGCAGUGUCGUUACGUGAAGCCAUUGAGACCUGGUGAUGAAUUUGUCUAUUCGGCAUUCAGUAACAAAACAACUGAAGUUCGACUUGGUUGCUGGAUAUUGAAUCAAGUCGUCAUAUGA